CAAGAAGCAGGCACCAUGCUUCGACGCAAGCUGACGGCUCUCAGCUACCACAACCCUGCUGGCUUCAACUGCAAAGAUGAAAUAGAAUUUAGAAACUUUAUAGUUUGGCUUGAAGACCAGAAAAUCAGACCCUACAAGAUUGAAGACAGAGGUAAUAUAAGAAACAUCCCCAGCAGUGACUGGCCCAAGUCCUUUGAAAAGUAUCUCAGAGAUGUUAACUAUCCCUUCAAGAUUCAGGACCGACAAGAAGCAAUUGACUGGCUUCUUGGUUUAGCUGUUAGACUUGAAUAUGGAGGUAAUGCUGAAAAAUACAAGAACUUAACACCUGGUAAUGCAAAAAAUAUUGACAGUGCAACUAAAAAUGCAGAGCCAUUGAUCAAUUUGGAUGUAAAUAAUCCUGAUUUUAAGGCUGGUGUAAUGGCUUUGGCUAACCUCCUUCAGAUUCAGCACCAUGAUGAUUACCUGGUAAUGCUUAAGGCAAUUCGCAUUUUGGUUCAGGAGCGCCUAACACUGGACACAGUUGCUAAAGCAAAUCAAACAAAAGAGAGUGAGAACACUGAGGUGGAGCAGUCCAGCCUACUGCUGGUCUGCAUUGAGACUGACUGA